UACUGGUGGUGCGAACUGGGAAACGUACUGUCAGUGUGAGGUCUCCCCAUGGUAAGGAACGAUAGCAGAGGUGUGCUGAUAUCCUGACAGAGUCGGUACCGACGGAACCCAAAAUGCAGUACACGAUACCCGAGCGUGGAGACCUGAGGACGGAGAUUGAGUCGCUCAUCGCCAGCUUCACCAGGGACGUCGACCUCAUCACCGUCAACGUCACCGACUGCACGAACGUGGAGAUACCGUCCACACACCAGUACUACGCCAAGCCCCACGCGGCCAUCAUAUCCGCCAUCGUGAUCUGCACGCUGGCCGUGACUGCGGUGUACGCCAUCUACGGCAACACGAUGCACUACGUGAGGCGACACACCCCACGUGUCCUCAGGGGGUACACUGCCUUCGUCAUCUCCUUAUACCCGGUGUCGGCCACCAUCACGUACCUGGCAGUGCUGGUGCCCCGCGCGCACUUCUUGGUGCAGGUGGUGACGCAGGGCAUGUUCGUGGUGUGCCUGUACCAGAUGUUCUCGCUGCUGGUGGCCUAUCUGGGCGGCGAGGAGGAGUUGUCCGCGCGGCUGUCCACAGCCACCAUACAGCCAGUCACGGGGCCCUGCUGCUGUUUCCCGUGCUGCCGUUACUGCUGCAAGCCCAUCCCCGUCACCAGGAAAAGUGUGUCGCGACUACGUCUGCUGGUGUUCCAGCUGCCCUUGGUGCAGUGGCUGCUGUACGUCAUCAUUUUCGUCAUGGUUGCUGAGGACAAGGAGACGUACACCAAAGUGCUCCCGUACCUGCAGCCGCUCUUCGUGGGCUCCAUGAUGCUGGCCGUGUGGGGCACCAACAUGACGAUCCGCGUGCUCAACACCAUCCUGAGCGACUUCAAGGCGACGGCCAAGUUCAUGUCCCUGCAGCUCAUCGUCAUCCUGGACGUGCUGCAGACCUCGAUAGCGAAUCUCAUAGCCAAGAACGUGCCCUGCACCGUCCCGCUGACGCCCACUAUGUGGGCCAACUUGAUUGUGUCGACACUGGUGCUUGUGGAGAUGGUGCCACUGAGUCUUUGGGCCCGUUCGCUCUACUGCCGUCCCACGCCACCCAUUACAGCGCUUGUGGAUCGCCAUGGGAACACGUCCAGUGGUCCAGAAUCUAAUGGGCACAUCGAGCCCAUACCUGUGUACAGGAGCUGUGUCAUCCUGACUGAAGACUUGCCGCCUGUUCGCAGCGUGAGCAUGGAUGGGGUCGACUCAUCAUCCACGGCCUAGAUACUUCCAGUGACCAAUCUGUUCUUGGUUUCAUCGGCAACGAUGGUGAGGCAGACGAGUGAUCAGUCCCAAAGGGCAAAAGUUCCAGUGUUCUAAGUGUAACAUAAAAACUGUGAUUUUGUCUAAUGUUGGGGAACAAUUGUACACUUCAGUGUGCAGUGCACUCUGACAGAAACAUUAUUACUCCUUGAGAACCAUUCUAAUUAUGUUAAUAAACUGAAAUGUGACCGUCAGCAUUGCAUUAGCAUUUCAAAACAAAUAAGAGAUUAGAUGCACUGCCUACAAUUAAUCAUAAUGCAAAAAUGUCAGCGAUGAUCCUUUUUGUCAUGCUGUUCACUUGUGAUAGGACUAAUAAUUUUAUUAUUGUUAUUAUUAUUAUUAUUAUUAUCCAAUCUAAUUUCAAACUAGUGUGACUGUGUAUGUACAUCUGUAUCAGUGUAUAUAUGACAAAAGAUUGUGAAUCUUAAUAGGCAACAUAUCCAGCAACAGAGGUAGUCUUGAAGAUGUUGCCGAUGGAGAAGGGUCCACUGAGGCUUUGGGGCCAGUCCUAUUAGUGUCACUGGAUGCACACUGCAUACAUUUCCAGGUUCCAUGGAGCAUGUCAAGAUUUUAGCUACAUGCUGCAGGAGAUGCAUCGUCCUAACCAAUUACCUGCCAUCCUAAUUGACUCACAACACGUAGGGAAUUGACUGGUCAUCCAUAGUUUAGCUUUCUCGAGAAAUUGUAGGUUUGCUGGUUUGAUCAUCAAUUAUCUUGUGUCAUGUGGAAGGAGAGUAAAGUGUCCCAAUGGGCAAAGGUUGCGGUACUCUGAAGGUUGCUUAAAAACUGUGAUUUCGUCCAUUACUGUAGAACAGUUGAAUACUUCACAUUGUAGUAUGUACUUGUAGCAAUGUUUUUACUUAUUGAGAACUACCUUUAUUAGUUGAUAAAUUAAAAUGUGUAACUGAGUGUUUCAAUAAAGAAAUAAGAGAAGAUUCUGAAGCUGCAUCGAAUUGUGAUGAACAUAAAUUAUGAACAAGUCUAGCUUUCUCGAGAAAUUGUAGGUUUGCUGGUUUGAUCAUCAACUAUCUUGUGUCAUGUGGAAGGAGAGUAAAGUGUCCCAAUGGACAAAGGUUGCGGUACUCUGAAGGUUGCUUAAAAACUGUGAUUUCGUCCAUUACUGUAGAACAGUUGAAUACUUCACAUUGUAGUAUGUACUUGUAGCAAUGUUUUUACUUAUUGAGAACUACCUUUAUUAGUUGAUAAAUUAAAAUGUGUA